ACCUUCUAUGCAAAAAUGUUAGAUCAUGAGUACACAACAAAGGAAAUUUUCCAGAACAACUUUUUCAAUGACUGGAGGAAGGAAAUGACUCCAAAGGAGCGGAAGAUAAUUAAACACCUGGACAAGUGCAACUUCAAGGAGAUCCACAAGUACUUUGUGGACAAAAGCGAGGCACGGAAAGCACUCUCAAAAGAGGAGAAGCAGAAGUUGAAAGAGGAGGCAGAUAAGAUCCAGGAGGAGUAUGGGUACUGCAUCCUCGAUGGGCACCGAGAAAAAAUAGGCAACUUCAAAACUGAGCCACCGGGGCUGUUUCGUGGCCGUGGUGAUCAUCCCAAAAUGGGCAUGCUGAAGAAAAGGAUCAUGCCUGAAGAUGUGGUCAUCAACUGCAGCAAGGACUCCAAGAUCCCUGAGCCACCAGCAGGCCACAAGUGGAAGGAGGUGCGCUUCGACAACACGGUCACCUGGCUGGCCUCAUGGACUGAAAACAUCCAGAACACCUUGAAGUACAUCAUGCUGAACCCCAGCUCCAAGCUGAAGGGGGAGAAGGACUGGCAGAAGUACGAGGUAGCCCGGCGCUUAAAAGAUGUUGUCCACAAAAUACGUGCUCAGUACCAAGCCGACUGGAAGUCCAAGGAGAUGAAAAAGCGGCAAAGAGCAGUGGCCCUCUAUUUCAUUGAUAAGUUGGCCCUUCGAGCUGGCAAUGAGAAGGAGGAAGGGGAGACGGCGGACACAGUUGGCUGCUGUUCUCUGCGCGUUGAGCACAUCAAGCUGCACCCUGAGCUGGAUGGGCAGGAGCAUGUGGUGGAAUUUGACUUCCUUGGGAAAGAUUCGAUCCGCUACUACAACAAAGUGUCAGUGGAGAAGCCGGUCUUCAAGAACCUGCAGCGUUUCAUGAAAAACAAGGACCCAGGGGAUGAUCUCUUUGACAGGCUCAAUACAUCAAUCUUGAACAGACAUCUCCAGUAUUUGAUGAACGGUUUGACUGCCAAGGUAUUCAGGACCUACAAUGCCUCCAUCACCCUGCAGGAACAGCUCAAAGCACUCACUAACUCUGAAGACAAUGUUGCAGGAAAGCUGCUCUCCUACAACCGAGCUAACCGAGCUGUGGCCAUCCUGUGCAACCAUCAGAGGUCCACACCAAAAACCUUUGAGAAGUCAAUGCAAAUCCUCCAGACUAAGAUUGAUACUAAGAAACAGCAGCUGGAGGAAGCCCAGCUAGAGCUGAAGAAAGCUGAAGAUGAGCUCAAAGACAAAAAUGAUGCCAAAGCAGAGGUCAAUGUGCAGAAGAAGAAAAAGUUAUUAGAAAGACUAGAAGAGCAGCUGGCGAAGCUGGAAGUCCAGGCCACAGAUAAAGAGGAGAACAAGCAGAUCGCUCUGGGCACGUCCAAGCUGAAUUACCUGGACCCCAGGAUUACCAUAGCCUGGUGCAAGAAGUUUGGUGUGCCCAUCGAGAAGAUCUACAACAAGACGCAGAGGGAGAAGUUUGCCUGGGCGAUUGACAUGGCUGACGAAGACUUUGAAUUCUGA